AGCCGCCAUGCCGGCGGUGGCGGCAGGAGCGGAAGGUGAAGGCGGCAGAGGACUGUGGCGAAAUGGAAGAAUGAAGUAUCUUCUUCUGAGCUGCACUGCUGCCGUCUUCGUUCUCUACGUCACCAUCAAGACAACAUCUCCAACACAGUCGUCCUUAGCUGCGGUGUCUACCAUCGGACAAGAUAUGGAGGACACGCCAUACCAUACUUGGCAGGAUCUCUCGGUUGCUUCAUCACUUCCACCACCUUACCUGGUUGGCUCUGUCCCGCCCCAACACCCGAGCAAUGUUGUCAGGGAUGUUGAUGGCACUUUGCUGCCCACGGCGUCCCACGAAGCUGCGGCUCAAGUCAUGUCUGUUGUCAAGGACAAACUGAAGACGCUGAAGAUCGAGGAUCGGUGGCACUUCAGGCGUCAGCUGGACCAUCUGGAGCAUCUGAGACAGAAUCUUGUGAAGUUGACGAGUAGGGAGUCGAGCCUGCAAGAUACAAUCCACGGCUUGAGGGAGAAGGAUCGUCAACUGAAGCUCGAGAUGGAGAAGGUUCGGCAAGAGCGCAUGUCUCCUGGCCCCCCUGGUCCUCGAGGCCUUCCAGGUCAACCCGGACCUCCGGGUGCCGCGGGCGAGAGCAUCGUAGGCCCUCCGGGCAAGCAGGGGCCGCAGGGUCCAGAAGGUGACCCUGGCGUACCUGGAAACCCUGGUCCUGCGGGUCCCCGUGGAGCUCGAGGACCCAGAGGACCAAGAGGGCUUCCAGGAGAUCGGGGGUUGCCAGGGAAGCCUGGGUUCACCGGCGUCGACGGUGACGAGGGUCGUCCUGGACCUCGUGGAGCGAUGGGUCCACCUGGCCUCAGGGGGCCAUCAGGGUUCCCGGGUCUUCCUGGACUGAGAGGUCGGCAAGGAUUCCCAGGGACCGAUGGAGUUGAAGGGCAGGUUGGCCCUCCGGGUCCGCCGGGUCCACAAGGCAUUCGGGGCAUCCAGGGUUGGCCGGGACCCACGGGACCUCGGGGCAACCAGGGAUUGCCCGGAAGAACUGGAGCUAGGGGUGCAGCAGGUCCACCUGGACCAGAUGGAAUGCCGGGAGCGCCGGGACCUAAUGGACCUAACGGAGCCGAGGGUGCUGUUGGACAGCUCGGACCUGCGGGCAUUCCUGGCCCUCAGGGAGUCAACGGAGCCCAAGGAAUUGUUGGGAUCCCCGGGACUGCCGUCAUCGGUCCGCCCGGAGAUAACGGCGAAAACGGCGUGCCGGGUGACUCCGGAGAGAACGGAGCUGCAGGAGCUCCAGGAUCCGACGGCUCGCCUGGCGCAGCGGGCAGCAACGGCGCGCCAGGGGAGAACGGAAAUCCUGGAGUUCCUGGCAUCCAGGGAGUCGACGGAAGAGACGCGUCUCUCAGGGCUGCCUCGUGCAAGAUUGGAGACCUGUACCCUUCUCCUCACUUCUGGGGGACCGACACGGAGCGCUUCGGAGGAUGGUGCUACACCCCCCGACAGGAGGCCCGGACCUUUGAGGAGGCCGAGCACGUCUGUCGGGCCUGGGGGGGGCAUGUGUUCAGCUACCAGUCGGUGGACGAGAUGGAGAUGGCGGUGCGGCUGUUCGGCCACACUCAUUUCUGGGUGGGUCUCAGGAGGAUGUCCGACUCGGGUGGUCUCAACGGGAUGUACCGCUUCACCGACAGCACCGACAACACGUACGCCAACACAAGGUGGCAGUCCGGCCAGCCGUCGAAUGCAGGCGGCAACCAGUGGUGCACGGAGAUGGUGUGGCAGGCGCAGAUGCAGACGGUCCGCUGUGACUCAAGGUUGCCUUUCAUUUGCAAGAGAGAGUCGAACGCACCAUAGGCCUUGUACGAUAAAGAACAUCAAGCCC